AGAGAGAUAAAGAGAGACAAUUUUCGGUAUUUGUUGAUUUUCUUUCGAUCGGUUGUUAUUUAAUUUGACACAAAAUAAUGUAAAAUAUUAUAAUAAUUGAAAGCAAUAAUCAUACACGCACAAUUUGAAAGAAAUCGGAGACCAAAAUCAGCGAACGAAAAAGAAGAAGACGACAAACGACAACGAAUGAAAUAAUAAGAAAAAAAAAACAAAUCAAAACACAACUGAGAUAGUAUCGAAAAGAGCCAAAUGUCUGGAAAACGAUCAGCACCAUACAUUACAGAUGGAUAAGAACAAGAGAGUGUGUGUGAGAGAAAAGCAGCAAAAAAAAUAUAUGACAAAAUUUUAACAAAAAUCCAACAGAAUUUACAUAAAAAUGAUUUUUAAUUUAUUUUAAAGCCAAACUCAACCAACUGUUGACCGAAUAAAUAUGACAUCAACAAUAAAUAUGCAUGUGCGUGUGCUGUGCGUACAUACGAUGCUGCUAUAAUUGUGUUGAUAAAAAAAGACGAAACAAGGCGCAAAAAAAAACGAAAAAAAAAUUGAAAAGAAGAGAACUUUGAAUAUAUCGCAUGCUUUUACGGUUGUGCAUUAACGGAAACAACGAAAAAAAUACGCGAAUUUAAUUUUGGUGACGUGCAUAUUUUUGUUUACUGCGAUUAAAAGAGAAACAGAGGAAGAGAAUAACAACGAUCCAAUAAUUUAUAUAUAUAUUUGACUUGAUCCUGAUAUCCAUCGCAUUGGAUUUGGGUGUAUGUUUGUGUGUGUGUAUAUAUAUGUGUUUUAAUUUAAAAAAAAAAAAAUAUUUUUUGAUUGUUUACCUUUCGGACGAAUGUGACAGUUGUAAAUAGACACAAAACCCGAACGUCAUUUGAAGUGCAUUGGAACUCUGAAUUAUUUACAAAAUAACCGCAACAAUAAAAAAAGACGAACGAUCAGGUUUUUGGAUAUUUGCCAAACAUAUCUUGUCAUCGUUGUGUUGCUAAUAUCCCGGCAAUCAUUUGGUCGAGCAUCGAAUAUUCAAAGGCAAAACUUGACAGACCGCGGCUUGAAAGUUGGCUCACACAUAUAAAAUUGCAAAGUAAAUGAUGGUGCUGAAACAUAGGUAGAUUGACCUGAUCUGAUUCUUCAAGUGCAACAAUUCAUUCAACAUUCAGGAAAUCAAGUGGAUCCAAAGCAAAAGAAAAAAACAGGCGAAAAUAAAAAGAACAAUUUGAAAAUAGAAAAUGAUUAAAAGUGAUUGUACAGUCAAUUAUUAGCGAGAAUUUUUGUUAUUGUUGUUGACUUGUUGUUGCUUAUCGAAUAAAAUUGUGUGAGUUUUUGGAUUAUAAAGAUUGAAAAAAAUACAGUCAACAACGACACAAACCAAAAAAAUUGGGGAAAUUGAUCAAGUGCAAAUUAAAUGCUGAAAAACAAGUGAUCAACAGGCGAAACAAUCAUAGAUAUAAAGUCACACAACACAAUAAUUAUUGUAGUGGAGAGAAAUCGUUGAAAUUACUGUAAAAAAAAUUUCGUUUAAAUUUGCAUUGAAACGAUUAUAAAAAUGGGUAGAAAGAAAAUUCAAAUAUCCCGAAUUACGGACGAACGCAACCGACAGGUCACCUUCAACAAACGUAAAUUCGGUGUUAUGAAAAAAGCGUACGAAUUGUCCGUGCUAUGCGACUGUGAAAUAGCAUUAAUAAUAUUUUCUAGCAGUAAUAAAUUGUACCAAUAUGCCAGUACAGAUAUGGAUAAAGUGCUAUUGAAGUAUACAGAAUACAAUGAACCACACGAAAGUCUAACAAACAAAAACAUCAUCGAGAAAGAGCAUAAAAAUGGUGUGAUGUCACCGGAUUCUCCGGAACCAGAAACCGAUUAUACAUUGACACCUCGGACUGAGGCCAAAUACAAUAAAAUCGACGAAGAUUUUCAGAUGAUGAUGCAACGAAAUCAACAGCAACGUGUUGCCAUAUCUGGAGCAAAUUAUUCACUUCCAGUAACUGUGCCAAUCACAGCUAAUUACGCAGAAUCUGGCAUGCUACAGGCCAGCCCACAAAUGGCACACACAAACAUCAGCCCGAGACCAUCCAGCUCUGAAACGGAUUCAGUUUAUCAAACAAAUUCGAUGCUUGACAUGUCAAAUGGAUAUCCAAAUUCUGCAUCACCCCUUGGUGGAUCGCCGAGUCCCGGACAAAGUCCAAAUAUGGGCGUACAUCAUAACAAAUCUUCGCAUCAUAUCGGCCAUCGACAACAUUCACCUGGUGGACAGGGCGUACGUAACUCCAGUCUAAGGGUGGUAAUUCCCGGAUCAAUGAACAAUUCUGGACUACAGGCAAAUGAUGAGAUUACAUACAAUGAACAUCGGCAACAAUCCAUAAAUACUCCUGUUGUGGCGUUACAAACGCCAGGCAUUACGGGAUUACCAUAUCCAGCGUUAAGUUCAUUUGGCGCGCAGGAUUUUUCGAUAAAUUCAACCGAUGUUAUGAGCUUAUCCAAUUGGAAUCACCAAAAUAUCAGCAAUUUACAUCAUACAAAUUUGUCUCAUCUAGCUGUAUCAAAUAGUACGCCGCCACCAAGUACAUCACCGAUAGCAAUCAAAGUAAAAUCCGAACCGGUCUCACCACCGCGUGAUCAUCACUUGGCACACACUCAAAGCUCAGCUAGUCUAUCGAUAACAACGAUGAAUAACGCUACAUCAAAUUCAAGCAUAUUAAAUCAUCCGCAACAGCAUCUGAUUAUGAGCUCAAGGCCAAAUUCGACCGGUGGACAUUUAACACCGACACCAGGAUCCGUGACACCGACAAAUGUUUCAUCACCGAGUGAUAUGCAUCGGCACAAUAACAGCGCUCACCUACAAGAUUAUGAUUCGCCGAAUCAAAACCACAAAAGGCCACGAAUAUCGGAAGGCUGGUCAACAUCGGAUCAACUAUGACCAACUAUGACAAAAUGCGUGUAAGCCCGUCGUGUAACAAACAAGUGAAAAGUAACAAGUUCCGUGCAAUAUUUGUGCUAAAAAAAUGAAACAAAAAAUGAAAGGAAAAAAAUGUACAUUUGUUGUGGACAGAAUGUUUUUAUUUUAUUUAAAUCGAAAAUAUGUUGCAUCAAAGAUGCAUCUUUUUUUCACAUCAGACGCGAAAAAAAAAAUAAGACGAGAGAAAAAAUGGUAUGAAAAGAGACACAAUUUGGCGACAAAUAAGAGAGAUAAAAAAAGAAUCAAACAAACUCAUUUGAAUUGUUCGUUUGCAUCGGUGUCACUGUCUGAUAUCUCAAGCUCUCCGUUUAUUAGCAUCCGAAAAAAGAAAGAAAAUUAAAAGCAAAACACAAACAUACACACGCAACCGAUUGCGGCGACACAAGCGGCGGAGAAACACAGAUCGGGACAUACACACAACAACAACACAUACACAUCAGAAUUCGACUAUGAGAGAACAGAGUUUUACAUUAGCAGUAAUUAUCAUUACCAAAAUUACACAUUAAAUUAUCAUUAUUAAAACAAAGAAGAGAAGAAAAAACAUCAAAAAUGAUGUGCAAGAUAAACACAAAUGAUUUUACAGAAAGUUAAAUGUACCAAUAGUGAGAUGCGACAGAAAACAAAAAAAAUUAUAUAUAUUAUAUUAUAUGAUUUGUAAUGGUUGUUAAUGUAUUUUUUUUGCUGAAACGUUUUAAAUGUGAACAGAAGAAGAAAAAAAACUUAUUUUGCUAAGUUAAUUCAUAAGAAUAAUCUGAUUCAUUUGCUGUCAAUAUUCGUAAAAAAAAAGAAAAAAAAAAAUUAUUUCGAAGAAUAAGUUCUAUAUAAAAUCACACCAAAUAUCUAAACACACACUCACCACAACCACCACGACACAUGCAGCAAAGCUACAAAAACACUUGACCUUAUAAAAUAAUAUUGAAAGUAUACACGAUAGUCCUUCUUAGGACAUAGUGAACACUAGCACAUGGAAGCAUACGUAAACAAUGAAAAGACUCAUUAUAAAAUCGGUUAGAAAACGGAUCGCAGGAAGUAAAAUUAAGUCAACAUUUUCGAACGUGCUGAAAUUUAGAGAAAAAAACAAACAUACACAUAGUUUUCAAUUCACUCGAACCAAAUUUGGUUGAUAAUUGACGACAUCAAUCCAUGGUUUCGAUUCGCACUCGAAAUCGUUAACACUAAUCUUUUACAAUAUUAUCGAGCUUAACGUGUGAUUUUUCUUCUUGUUCCGACGUUAUGUACAAUAUAUAAAAUUGCACGAUUGCACAUUUUCAAAAAAAAAAAAAAAAAGAAUCACACAUACACAAUUUCUCGAUCAUGAUAUUUAAACGAAUAUAAAAUGAAAACAUCUUCUAUUUCUCUCUUCUUUCUUUUUCUCGGUUCAUUUUUCUUUUAUUUCAAUUCAAAUGAAUUUCGGCGUCUUCAAAAGAGUUCAAAACCGCAAGAAUAUUUCUUCUUUUUUUUCGUACGGAUUUUCGCCAGAUUUUCCUCGUUACAAAACACAUACUGAAUGGAAUAGAAAACGCAGAGAAAAAAAUGGUGAAAAAUUAGUAGGAAUUUAUUAUUAUUUUUAAGCGUAAGAGAAUAUUUGCAGAAAAAAAUGAAAAAAUUGUUAUUUGUCACUAUUAAUUAAUAAGGUACAGCCCAAAAUCAUAUUUUAACGUAUAGUGGCAAAGAGUGCAUGCCGUGUAUUAUUUUAUCGAGGGAUAAAAGUGCAAGAAAUAGAAAAUGAGAAGGAAAAAUAUUAAUAAUAAACAACCGAUUGACCAAGUCAAUACACAAGAAGAAAAAGAAACUAGUUAAAACGGGGAUAAUUUUGUGCCAUCCACAAACCACGAAUGUAAUUGCGCGGGCCAAAUAAAUAAGUAAGAGGCAGGAAAGUUGUUAUUGUUAGAAUUAAUUGGAUUGGUAUGCGAAGGAGGAGGUGGAAAGCUGAAUGAAUCAUGAACCAAACCAGAUGACAUACAGGACACCUACCCUGUACGUUUCUCUUGAGCUUAUUAUAUUUAAAACCGAUUCAGUCGAUUUUCUUUGAGUCAAAAAAAUGAACAGUUACCUCAUAGUAACUUUAGUAUUUGGUUGAAUGGCCACUUUUUGUUUUUAGACUUAUUUUCUGUGGUGCUAAUAAAUUUUUCUUGCCGUGGUCUUCAGCUGGCUUAAACCAAAUUAUGAGAGCGCACUUUCAUCCAAAACCAAUUUUCAAACCACUGAAAAUAAGUAAACGUCAAACAUUAAUAACGGUUGCAAUUUUCCAGAGUGUUCGAUCCAAAUUAGAUUGAUAGCAUUCUUCAAUUUAAAUUUAACAACUCCAUUCACCUCAUGUGAAAAAAAAAAAUAUAUAACGAAAAUAAGAGUUUUGGUGAUUUUAAUUUGUCAAUAACAUAGAAAUUGGAUUGAAUGAGUGAAAGAAUGCCGUUGUGAACCAUUGCAAAAUAAUUUUUGCCAAAAUUGACACAUAAAACAAAGCUUUAAAUGAAAAUCCAAAUAAAUUAUGUGCCACUCAAUUCUUUCCGUUUCACAUACAAUUCUCUUUAGUGUUCAUGUAUGAUUUGCACGGGUUGAAUACCGACCAAAAGUCAAUUCCAAUUAAAUUGUUUUUAUUUGUUGAAAAAAUAAUUUCGUUUUUUACAAGUAACGACCAAACCCGAAGACAAACUAAAUUAUUUGAAUGAAUUGAAAAUAAAAAGAAGACUAUUUUUUUAUUCUCUUUUUUAGAAAUUAAAUGUACUUUAACAGGGAUCUAUUCAAAUGAUCAAAUGCCUUUCAAUUCCGAAAUGUUUUUUCUUUCUUUCAAAUUUUCGAUUUUUCUUCCCUAUAGUGCCCAUUUUCAGACUCGUUCCAUCUGAGAAUAUUGAUAUGGUCGUCAUCUUGUAAACGAAAGAAACUAAACCGCCAAACCAAUCAUUGUCUAGUUGGUAAAGAUAGAGAAGUAGCGAACGAAAUAAAAAAAAGGGAAAAAAAAAGUUUAGAAAAAAAAAACAUUGUUACCUUCAACGUCUGUAAAAUGACAGCCAUGAUAAGUAAGAGACAAAUUAAAUAAAACAUUUAAAUCGACACAACCAAACGAUUGCAUCAACUUCCGCCCUUUUUAGAUAAACAAAACAAGUAAAAUAAGCUAGAGUUAGAGUUAAAAGAAAGCGAGUAAAUUGAAUGGAAAUGAGUUGAACUUGAAUUAAAAUUCAUUCGGAGAGUAAAACGAAACAAGAGAUAUAAGUAUCCCCCAAGCUUAAAUCAAGAGAGAAAUUGCAUACAAUAAAUAUUAAAAGCACACUCAAUCAAAUCACAGACACACACACACACACACAACUAACACUGUGUAUAUCUCAUAUAUUCUCUCGGGAGGUGUAACAUGAACAAUUACAGACCAAUAAUUAUAAUUUUAAUAAAUGGUUCCAAACUUAAUUGAAUACGGUAUGAUGUGUUUUUUUAUAGAAUGUAAUGUAAAGUGUUAUGGCAUACAAUAAAAAAAAUUAUGAAAAAUUGAAGAAAAAGAAAACAACAAAAUUGAUGUGAAUAUAUGUAUAUUUACCAUGCACGCUUAAAUGAUAUUUACAUAAAAGAAGAAGAAACAUUAUAUUGUACGAUUAAAACAACAACAAAUCAAUUUAAUAUAAAUGAAAACCACACACACACACACACACACUCACGGAUAUUAUAAUCAUGAUAAACAUUGCACUAAUUUGUAUUCAUACAAUUUAAGUGAAAGAAAAAAAAAACCCGAACAUAGCUAGAUGCCAAUAAAUUCAUGUAUAAUGAAGGAGAAAACCAAUCACAAAAUUUAUCCAAGUGCACUCAAAUUCGUAUUUGAAUUUAAGAGAGUAUGAAUGAAAGAAAAACUAUUGAGAAACAAAUAGAUUUAUAAUAAAAUAGCCUUUAAUGAGAGCACGAAACUAUCAUAAUACUAUCGACGAUAGAGAGUUACAAAAAUGUGGAGAGAUGAAUUUACAAAUAUAUUCGAUAUACAAGUAUAUUAGUUACGAUAUGGAUCCACAAGUCAUUGAAUAUAGAAACAAAGGCGGGCAUUUUUUUUGUUAAAAAACAUUUUCGAUUUUUUUUUAUAAAAUAAAAUGUUGAUUGAUGCAACGAAAUCUCCGGUCUCUGUUGUACAAGGAUUUUGUCAUCGAUCACGGUUUUGCCGGUUCCCUUUGUCAAUUUGGAUUCUCUUAUUCACAUAGUCCACAAUUUCGAUUUUUCGAAUCAAUAACACUCUUUUCAUUCACUCUCACCCCGUUUGCUCCAUUUUUUUUUUCUAUUUGGGGUAAAUAAUUUUAUUAUGCUAUAUUUUUUUUAUUAAUUUUAUUGUCAUUGUUAUUAUUGCCAUAACUCAUAUAUUACCUAGUGCAAUGUACUUACUUAUUUAAACGAGAGAAAAACAAAUGGGGAACUAGAUUUUUAGUUCAAUAGGAAAUAUGCAAUGAAAAUUCUUUCCUACGGCUAAAGAAUAAUCAAACAUGAAUAAAAGAAGAAGAAGAAACAUUCAAGUCAUUUCAUUGGUGGUUUUAAAUGAACUUGGUAGACCGUGUUACUCAAUCAAAGUCUCUCAAAAGAUUUAGAAAGUGGCCCUCGGAGACAAACCACGUCAUUUUAUUCAAUUAUCUCAAUCCCUAUAUCGAUUUCUUCUAGCAAGAAAAGAACGAAAUGUGUAGUCGAAUAUACAUGUGAUUGUUGUUUUUGGGCAAAUAUUUUUCAAAACAAAAAUCGGAGAUUUUAAAGAACAAUCGAACGCUGCAUGUCUGCAACAUAUCGAAAUGAAAACCAAAACAAGCCAUUCAGUCAAGGACUACAGUACAUAUUUAAAAUGACAAUUGUUACACUCACGACAUUGAUAUGAAAUUUAUUUAAACAAACCAGAGACGCUGCCAUUAAAUACCAAUAAAUACCGUUGUAUAUUUUGCAAUGCACAUUUCCAUGAAGAAAUCCGAAAAUUAAUCCGACGCUUAAAAGCCAAAUAAAUUUCGUGUGCACCAAAAUCUGGUCACUGUUUUCUUUUUUUCUCUUCAAAUUGACAUGUGUACAUCAAUGAAGCGCGUUUUGGUUCCGGUGCUUCUUCUUCUAAGUGUCUACAGCUCCAACUCAAUCACACAAGUGUCAAUACGACGUUUGAAGAAGAAGAACCAUAUUUCGUGCAAACGCAACCCAUAAAUAACAUAAGCAUUUCAUUCCCACCACAUGGCCUUUUCUACAUAUGGGCCAUAUGAUAUGACCGUGUUAAUGGUAGAGAGAAAAAUUUCUUCAUUCGUCAAAUCAUCAACUUUUACGUGUCAAAACAUUUCCGUUCAAAGUAGAUUGAUUAAUUGAUAAAUUAUUGGUGCAAAAUGUAAAUCACACCAAACGAUUGAUCGUGAAUUUGAUUCUAUCGACAAUUUAACAUAAUUCGAUUGCAACAUGUUUUAUUCCUGUGCUCAAUGUUAUUGUGCAAUGUUUGGCUUUGUGCAAAAAUCUAUGCAACACUCUAUUCUAAAUCUUAGUUAAUGUUUAUCAAAUCAAAUCAUUUCUUUAGUUGUUAUUUAGAAGAAGAAAAAAAGUUUUCUUUUGUCGUCAAAUUUAUCUAUGAAUCGUAUCGUUUAAGUAGUUAAACAAAAACAUAAUCGACCAUAAAAUAAAGAUAAAUCGCUAAGAGAUCCGAAUACAGAAUUUUACAAUGUAUGUAUAUUUAAGCACACAGUAAAGAAAAUGAUUCGUAUAUAUAUAUAUAUAUAUAUAUUUUUUUUUUUUUUUGGUUCGGGUGAAAUCGAUGAAAGGAUCGAAGAAAUCGCGCCCUAAAUUAGAAUUACAUAACAAAACAUAGCAAAAAAAAUUAAGUGGUGAACUGAGCACGGAGUCCACGAACUCAAACACAAAUUCACCAAUCUGAUGAUAUUGAUGUGUUUUCUUUAUUUAGUUUUCAAUUUUAGGCGUAAUGAUAUGUUUUUAGAGUGUUUCACAUCAUUAUUUUAUUUUAAUUUUUUUGUUUUAUGAUAAUAUGAUUUCCUUUCUCUUCUUCUCUUUUUUGUAAUUGUAAUUAAAAGAAAAAAAUCUUUUUUUUUGAAGCAUAAAUUGAUACAAACAUAAUGAAUGUAUUGGACAGGCGAGUGAUUGUUGGCAUAUGAUUAAUAUUGUUAUUUAAUCCAGCAUACAGCCUUUUUUCACUCGUCGCCAAUUACAAUCUAAUGGAUAAUAAACCAAAUACGAAAUUAA